UAUACAUUGUAUGUACGAGAAACAAGUGAAUACUUGGAUUUGCAAGCCAGUGUGAAACCAGCGUCUGUUUGUUAUAAAUGCGUUUUAUAAAAACAAGAUGCAUGGAUUAAACUGUUUGAUUUUCGCCAUUUUGGCGAAGUGUAGCUUUUCCUACGUACUAUUUCCAGAUGUUCUUGAAACGGCUUUACAGAAUUUACGUUCUAAGAGGGAAGCACCAUGUGGUGAAGAAAUUGAUUUAGAACUAGAGGGCGGUGUAGCUGCAAUUCAGCUCCGGACGGAAGAAUUCAACGGCACAGAAUUUUACAGAGUAAAUGAAGACUGUAAAUGGACGGUUAAGACCGCUCAAGAUCAUUUCAUGAUCUUAAAAUCCGACUACUUCAGCGUCGAAGAGAGCGAGAACUGUAUCUGGGACUAUGUUGAGAUUACAGAAAAGGGCGUUGAUGGGACAACAAGCAAAUACUGUGGUUGGGACCCAUUGACAUAUAUCACAUUUGGGAGCGAAAUCCAACUACAGUUCAAGUCGGAUGAGACAUAUGAAGACAAGGGUUUUAAAUUCAUCAUCGAGUCGAGUAAAAAAGGUGGGGGUGACUCUAAGUGCAUAGGCAGUAUAUUUGGUGGUGAAGAUUCAAGUAUAAUGAAUAAAGUGGAUUUAGGAGAGGAUUGUUUUUACAGAAUACAGGCACCCGGGGACAAAGUUCUAACGUUGGAACUAAAAAUGCUACAAUUUGGCUCGGCUAGUUGUGAGGAGGAAAGUAUAACCAUUUAUGAAGGACACAGUACACAAGGAAAACCCCUCGGUACAAUAUGUAGUGACAGUGUUCUGGGAAUUCUGCCUUAUCAUGCAAGUUCAAUGUUUAUUGAGUACAGAAAUCCUCUUAAACAAGAAGGUGAACGUUUUACUAUUGAUUAUAUGUUUGUCGAGGACAACUUUACUCCAGCACCUGUACCAUCAACAACCCCAUCUCCAGUUGGUGGAAAUAAUGACUGUAGUCGAAUGUACAAAGGAGUCGAUAUGGAGAGCGACAUUUUGGUAUAUACAGCACCUAAAUACGAAAACAACAAAGAUUGUAUAGUUGUUGUACGUAACGAUCAAUUACCUAAUCACGUGGUACAGGUAGAAUUCGACUACUUCGACAUUGAAGAAUCGGACAACUGUAUCUUUGAUUUCUUGAGAGUUUUAUCUGGAGAAAGAAAUGACUCUGCUUUGCUUGGUGGACCAUACUGUGGUGAAAGUCUACAUGGGCGAACUUUCCUAACACGCGGUAACUCUCUUCGCCUUGAAUUCAAAACAGACGUGUCAUUUGCCCUCAAAGGAUUUCAAGCAAAAAUUUCAUUCGUACCAAAUAAAGAAUGCAGAUGCAAUGGAAAUAAGAUGUGCAUUCGCCAGGACUUUGAGAAAAAAUGUAUUCUUGGACAAAAGUGUGAGGUAAAUAGCUGUCAAAAUGGCGGAACUUGCAUCAAAACAGCUUCUGUAGCGACAUGUUACUGUCCUAAAGGUUUCCAAGGAGAAGAUUGUUCACAAAGCGAUGGAGAAAAGUCUUACCAUAUACGCUUUACCACCGCACCCGUAGACCGAACGAUAAAGAGAGGUGAAAGUCGCGUAGAAGAAUGUGAAGUUGAGGUUCCAUAUGGAGAGAAGAAAGAUGUAAAAUAUAAUUGGUCAUUAAAAGGAACAUUGAUAGAGCCUUACAGUAAAAAGACAGGAUUUGGAACUCAUCCAGGUGGAGUAUUACAGAUUAAUGACUUUUCUGACGAAUUGGAGGGACAAUAUUCAUGUUUUGCGAUAACUUCUGGUGGAAUAGCAGAACACACAUUUGAGUAUAGGAUUGCAGAGGAUUGUAACGUCAGAAUAUUUCCUGGACCUCAGUCAGAGAGUAAAAAGAUUAACGAAAUGGCUUUACUUAUAUGCCGCGUGGACCAACAGGCCAAAGAAGUUAGAUGGAAGAAAGAUGGAGUUUACAUUGAUUAUGACAAGGAUGAUAGAAUUAAGAAAAUGGCUAAUGAUUACUUACGUAUCUUAAACGUUGGAAUGCAGGACGCGGGAGUUUACCAGUGCGAGGCCGAAGACGAAAACGGUUGCUAUAGUUAUAAGGAAGGCAAACUUCAGGUGGUAGACGUAAAGUCGUUCAGUUCAUAUUGUGGAAUAUCCGUUCAUGAAGAGGCACUGUUGAGUGCAAAAAUUUCAAAGGGAUCUGAAGCACCUCCAAAAAUGUACCCAUGGCAUGUAACAUUCAGAUCUACAGGAGAUGCGUCCAUGAAAAGGGUGUUUUGUGGUGGAACAUUGAUUUCACAGAGUUUCGUUGUCACGGCUGCUCAUUGCAUUAAGCAGUUCAGCAAGGUCUUUGGUGUUGAUUUUGGGGCAAAAAAUGUUGAACUUUUACUUGGUACCACCGAUUGUCUAGGAACUCAGAAUGAUGGGAAAAGAAGAAGAGUACAUAGUUUUACUGUUCAUCCAGAUUACGAAGAAGGAGGAACUUUUGAUAAUGAUAUAGCAUUGAUAGAAUUGGACAGUUUGGUUGAAUACACCGAUAACAUACGUCCUAUUUGUGUUGAACCGGCGGAAUACAAUGACAGGGUGUUUCUAGAAAACAGUGGCUCCUUUGGACGCGUGAUUGGGAAAGUCGCUGGCUGCGGUGCAACAAAACCUCAUGGCAAAGGAAUGCCCGACAGACUGAGGGAUGUAUAUAUUCCGUAUGUGGAUAGAGAAACAUGUCGUGAAUCAAUGGGCAACGAACGUGAUAAACUCACUGACACAAUGUUUUGUGCUGGGAGUAAUAUUGCUAGAACUGGAGACACUUGCCAAGGGGACAGUGGAGGUGGCUUAAUCAUGGCAACGAGCACAAGAUGGGUUCUCACUGGCGUCGUUUCUUGGGGCAGGGGAUGUGAUGUGAAUAAACACUACGGUGUUUACACAAACGUUGGCAUGUUCUAUGACUGGAUAGAGAGCGUUACAAAAUUUAACGAAGAGGAGGUGCCAGACUUUAUCAAUCAUAAUUGAUCUUAAAUAGUGAUUAUUUGUUGAUUUGUCAUGCCACAAUUAGUAUAAAGCUCAUUUACUCAAACGUUUAUACCUGUUUUACUUGAAAUGAAGUUGAUAGACAACGAUAAAUAUAAAGUUUUAAUCUUAAUCUCGAUCAAUGUUGAUGAUACGUAUUUCACUUAUUAAAUCUAGUCAUUGUUGUUUAUUUGUAACAUUUAUAUAUAAAGCUUGCCUAAAACUUGCCAGACACGUUGUUUAGUUCUGAAAAAAGAAAAAAAAAAACUCACUAUUUCAGAAUACUUUAAUAACAGAGACAUUUAAUGAUAAGAUACACUUUUAAGGAGCUUCUUUAGGCCAAAAGCCGUGAACCGUAAUAUUUGAAAUUCUUACAUAGGUCACGUGAAGCACUUAAAUUGGAACACUCUGCAAAGGAUAAUUACGAAAUUUGCUAUUAAUCAAAUUGGAAAUUAUUAUUCUGGGCUAUUCCGUGCGCGCUAUGGGCGUAAGGUGUUGCAUCACUUUUCAUUUUUUGGGUCAUAAGAUAUAAUUAUAUGUUAUUUCUUUAUUUGUUGAAGAAAAUGUAUGGAAGAGGCUGGCAUGUAUUUUAUCAAAUUGAUUAUUUAGAGCAAUAUUUAAUGAUAGAGUUAGAUAAGGAUAGGCAAUAAAAGAUUAAUUGCAAAAUAUUAAAAUCUAUCAAGCUGAUAUUGCUUUAUUUGUAAAUUAAAAGAGAAAGACAAAUAACGAUUUACAUAUACAUGCAUCUACUCGUAAAAAACUACCAUAUAUGCUAUUUUGAAAACCUUGAUAAUUAUUUCUAUUUUACACUCCAGCAUAUUAUAAUAACAGAGACAUUUAAUGAAAAGAAAUUGGGGUCACUAUCCUAGUUUUUAAAAUGACAUUGACUUCGAUUUGCUUUUUAAUUUUAGACAAUUUCAAUAGUAAUUAACUUAUACAUAGGUCCAACAAACCUUAUUUCAAAUACAUGUAAUUUUUUUCAAGAUUUUAUCCUAGUCGAACGUUCGAUUUCAUUUUAUUCCGUCAAAGCUUAACUCAAAAUUCUUAUAAACAUAUCGCAUAAGUGUAGGUAAAGAAGAAAGAUUAAAAUAAACAAACUACUCAUUACCAAUUCUGUAAUUUGCACAAGUUUUAGAAAGGAAGUUUGCUAUAUGAAAAUUGGAAAAUAUAUGGCGUUUGAACCUAAGUUGUUCAUAAUCUGGCAUUGAAAUAAGCAAAUAAGGGCAAAAAAAUCAACAAUCAGGUCGAGGAUUCCUUAAGUUUUCCCUUGACAUCUUUUUGUUACCAUAUUAUAAGAUCAUGCAACGUGUAUCAUACAACGUUAAAGUACGCAUUUAAAGGCAGUAUGCAAGACAUAAUUUAUAGGACCUUUUCCUGCAAAGCAAAUUAAAAUUCUUUUUGUUUCAAUUUGAGUUUACUUAUUGAUAAUAAAAUUUAAAAUUUAUUGAUUUUAAGCCAUACAUUACGUAAAUACCUUUGAAUCUGAUGAUAUUACUUUAAUAUCUCUAACUGUUUUUGUUUCUGCUUAAAACUUCUGACAACCAUUAUUAAAUCUAAUCACUGUUAUAUUCAUUUUUCAAUUCAACUGAAUAUUUGAAAAUGCCAGAGAAAAAUUGCAAGCAAAUAAAUUUGUCACUCGUCUAUUUUCCUUUCCUUUUUGUUAUUCUAAUAAUGGAUACUUCAGUCACAGUCCUGUUUUUAUUUUUGCAAUGUUCAAAUAUAAAUGUUGAACAUCUACCGUUUUGCAUUUAGAAAAUGAACGAAGAAAAAACUGUGUUAAAACAUUUCAGUGAGUUCUUAAUAUUAUAUUAUGCUUUUAUAUUAUAUGCAAAUUUGUAUAAACAUUUUGUCUUAUCGGAGUAAGAGUGCUCUGUUGCUGACAUGUUUCCUGUCAAGAUGCCAUAAAAUAAUAUAGAUUGAUUAACAUAGUAGGACUUUUUAUUCUUAGCUUACUUAUCAAAUAUGUAAUGUAUGUAAAUGUGUAAUAAAGUCAGUUAUUAAAAACA